AUGAGUGCAGAAAAUAUAAGGCUUUAUUGUUGUGCCAAACGGCGAGGACCAGAUGAAGCACAGGAUAAAUUGCUUGUGUUUGGCUAUGCAUCACGAAUAUAUGCAAACGAUGACCGCGCUGAAUGGGUUGCGGAAGAACGACAUUUGAUGUCACAUCCAGCAGAUUCACAGUUACUGAUAGAUAGGUAUGACUGUCGCUUACAUCUUGCAAGUACAGAAGCGCUGGAAAUUGCUUGCUUUACUGGAGAAAAUAGUGAGACUGGGAUUGGAUAUGACUGUCCUGCAGAAUUACUUGAAGAGGAAAUGUGCGAAGAAGAGCGAUAUAAAGAUAUGCAUGAAGAUAUAAAAAGACUUGAAGAAGAGGAGGAAAGACAAAAGCGUGCUGAAAUUGCAUUUAAUUAUGAUGAAAAUUAUAAAGAGGCAAGUAGUAGUAGUGAAGAAGAAGUUGACGAAUCAUUCCAAUCCCCAGAAAAUAUCAAACUUCCAUUGGGCAUGAAUUUGCCAGAUACAAUGAAGCAAAAUGCUGUGAUAGAGCGUACAGCAACAUUUGUCGUUGCGCAAGGUCCGCAGAUGGAAAUAGUCAUAAAAGCUAAACAGCGUGGAAAUCAGGAUCAGUUUGGUUUUCUGGAAUUUGAUCAUCCUUUGAAUGCUUAUUACAAAUACAUCUCAAAACUAAUACGAGAAAAGAAGUAUGUACCAAAACCGCAUGUUCCAAAGCGCCGUCCGAAGUUGAAGAAAUUAAGACGUUUGGAAGAAGAAAAGCGAUUAAAGGAAGAGCAACAAAAACAAGACGUAGAUAUAGGUUCUAAUUCUGAUAUUGAUUCGGAAUCUGAUACUGAUGGAAAUUAUCUUCAUCCUUUGCUAAUGGGAGGAGCACGGAAAACUGAUUCGGGCAACAGUUCGCCAGUAAUUGGUCCGAAGACGAAAGAAGAAAAUGAUGUUGUGACCAAGAAACAGUUACAAAUUAGAACUGACUAUAAGUUGGGAAAGGCUGAUGACAUGUAUUCUUCGCUCUUCAAAAAUCUAUCUGAUUUAGUUGUCACACAGGCAAAAGCAACACCGGUCACUGAAAGCAAAGAUGAAAUUGCGGAAAAAACAAAAGACUUGGAAAAAGGCGAUUAUUACGAGUGGUAUCUGGGUUUCUAUGGAGAACCACCACCAAGCAAUGAACAACCGAAUGUAAUACCGCCGCCACCUGAUAUUAUGCCUACCAUCAAUAGCGCUGCUGAAUAUGUUGCUAGAUAUGGAAUUCAAGCCGAACAAAUCCUUUUGGGGCGGCAUGAUCUCAAUAUUGGAUUUUUGUGUGCUGACGGUCCAUAUUACGGCUAUUAUCAUUCGCGCAUUCGACAUUACCAAAAGCUGCAUGCUUCUUAUAUACAAUCACAAAGGACGAUGGGGGAUGAAGAAACAGAAGAGUGGAACCCAGCGAAGCAGGAGGCGGAUAUUUCAAAAGGAUAUGAUCUGGAAGAGUCCUGUAAAACUGAGAGUGACACCAGUGAACAAACAAAUAAACCAAUUUCUGACUUACUGCAAGCCCCUCCUCCACCACCACCUUUCAUGAAUCGAAAAAUGCGUCGUCGAGGUUUCCAUGAUCCACCACGUACACCUGAGCCAGCUGUGCAAAAUGUUGCUGAAGUCGGAAUAAUUGAUUUCGAUGACCAGUUAAACAAAGUGCAGUCAUUGCCAGCACUUUUGGAUAAUGCUGAAGAACAGGAAGAAGAUGCAAGCACUUCAAUAAAGAAAGCAGCAACGGGUCCAAUAUCUUUCUCUCUAAACAUUCAAAAACCAGAUGAAAGAAAAGUUCCGAAAAUAGCAAGCGCCGUUAAACUUGGAGCAUAUGAUGACGACAAUGGUGGAGCAGAAGCGGUUGAUGUUCCUCCUGGUGUUCUUAAUAACAUUCCUCCGCCGGGUCUGACAAUACCGCCACCUCCAGUUGCUCCUGUUCCUCUGUCCUCCGGACAACUUGCAGUAGAAGGUUCAGCCGAACUUCAAUCAGAGCGAAAGUUAAAAGCUCGCCUUUUCAUGGAGAAAAUUCUGAAUGAGAAACGGGCUGCAAAAUUGCGAGCACAAAAUGAGGAACAAUUUAAACGUGAAAGCGAACUUUUAAAAAAGUACGAAGAAGCGCGUGCUAGUUCAACUUCGUCAAUGAUCACGAAAUCAAAAAGUAAAAGCGAUGUGAGUGAUGUGGAAGUGAUCUUUUCAACUUCCGCGAUUGACCAACUAAUUAAUUCGCGGAUCGAUAAAGUGAUCAACGAGACAUUUAAAGAAAAGAAAGAUUCUAAACAUUCAAAAAGCCAUCAUCACAAAAAGGAAAAAAAGAAGAAACGAGAAAGAAAGCGCGAUGACAGUCGAUUAAUGGAUGAAUAUAGCAACAAAUCAGGCAAACGUCACAAAAGAUCCCGAGAAAGUUCUGGUUCAUCUGAACGGAAAACUUCGAAGAGAAAAAAAAAGAAACGAAGACAUCGAUCUCAUAGUAGUGGUGCUGAAAGCGGAUAA